AUGUAUGUGAAAUGGUUUGAUACAGUAAUGUUUUACUAUGUGAUUUUAGUGUAUUUAGUGAAUGUCACUUUUUAUCAUUUUCAAAUUUCCCGCCGUUCCAUCCCCGUACGUCCCGACGCUCGCAUGGGAUGGAACCCAGAUGACAGAUGCCGGCAUCUUUCCGGAGGACAUUGCCGGGGACACUGCAGGAGGGACAUCGCGGGAGCGCAGGACAAGGUAAGUGAUCGAGGGAUCGCGGAGCAGCGCCGCAUGGUGUAGCUCGACUGUAGCUCGGGGUUACUGCUUGUGCUACACUCGGGAAUACCGCCAGGGAGGUUA